AACAACAACAACAACAACAACAGUUGUGAAACAUUUUGGUUUCCCAACAUUUUGUGACGCUACAUUCAGUAUUAAUGCAGAUUCGACAUGGUUCCAUGUAUUAUAGCUCAAAUAGGGUGAAAGUACUGAAUGUUAUGGCAGAAUCUGAAAGACAUCACAUGAGGGCAUGUUUUGGUCCAAGUGACCAGCUGGUUUUAGUUCUACCAAAUAAGCCAUCUAGUGGGCAGCCUGCAACUGUAGAGAUUCAUGAUGCUCAAAUGCUUGAAGUGCAAAACGAGUUUGAAUGUCGGAGUCUAUUCGCUGGACCUUUAGUGGGAUUGGAUGCACCAAAUUACAAGCUUUUCUACCAGUGCAAGAAGUGGAUGACAGGUACACAAAAUAUUGUUAAAGAGGAAAAGAGACUCUUUGAACUAAUUGGGAAUUUCCUGGAACAUCAUAUUAAGCAAAAUGGAUUAAAAAUGUCGAACUCAUUAAAAAUGUCACUUUUAAGCUUACCUAAGGACACAGGCAGUCUUUGGGACUGUGGCACAACAUGGAGAGCUCAAGAGUUAACUGUUGUGUUCAUCCUAGAUGACUGGUUUGAUAGCUCAGAUUUUGAGGAAAAUGAUGCUUCUCAAAGAUUUGAUGAGAUACUAAAUGCAAGUCCUCCAGCCACUGAUGUAAGUUGUUGUGUCUCAUUCUGGAUGCAGACACUGACUGCAGGGUGA